UGUUUAACUUAGCGGCAAACGGCGAGUUUUAAGUGUUCACUAAGAGUCUAAAAUAUAUUUAAAAGGGCAAAAACAGAAAGGAAAAAUUGGAAAGUGAGAAAAACCAAAAAUUCGUAAUCUGAGAUUCUGGGUUAUGGCCACAGCUCUGCCAUCAACGGCAUGGCACACGAUAAAGUUUCAGCCGCACCCUCUGCUUCCUCAGCAGCGACGUCGCUUAUUAGUCCAAUCCUUUAGGCGGAGCGACUUCGACACCUUCACUCGCCGCAUGGCCUCCGGUGAGGCCUGGAAGGAUGCUUGGCGAACCGCCAACGACGGCUUCGAGCAAUUCGUCUUCGAAGCUAAAAAGACUGCUGAACGCUUAGACCGCCAGUACUCCGUUUCCCGCCGACUCUCCUCCGUAGUCCGAUCCGCCACUGACCGUGCUCGUGAAAUCGAUAGGGAGUUCGAGAUUGGACUCCGUUGGCGGACUUUUACUAUGGAUUUUAGUAGAAAUUGGCCUAGGUACAGGAAGCAGCUGAAUGAUUUCUUGGAUACUCCAUUAGGAAAAAGUUUUGCUACAAUUUUCUUCCUUUGGUUUGCAUUAUCUGGUUGGCUGUUCCGAUUUUUAAUAUGUGCCAUAUGGAUACUGCCAUUUGCUGGACCUCUUCUUAUUGGGACUGUUGCCAAUAAUCUUGUUAUUAAGGGUGCUUGUCCAGCUUGUAAGAGGCAGUUUGUUGGUUAUAAAAACCAAAUAAUACGGUGUGCGAGCUGUGGAAACAUUGUAUGGCAACCAGAAGGCGACUUCUUUCGCAGAGACAGCAGGGGCACCGCUUCAAGAAAGUCUGAACCUGAAAUUAUUGACGUUGAGUUUGAGGAGAAAUGACAAGAUGUUCUAAGAAUAUACAAGUGAUCUUUUGCUUCCUGUGGAGUCAAAUGAGACUGAACGGCAAUUUUUGCUCAUUUCUUUGGAUAUUUAGUUUCUUUGAAAAUCUGCUGUUGCUAUUAGUGUCUGUACUGUAUAGUAUCAUUCUCAGUAGUAAUCUCUCACUUAAAAGACAAAGGAAACUUAAAGAAAAAAAUGGUAAUCUUUUGUUCAUAGAAAAUGUUUCAUUUGAUAGGGAAUGGCAUUUAGUUUGAACUUUGGUUCCUGAAGCCGUCGAGGUUACUGUUGUAGACAAAUGCUUUCAGUUUAUGGAAGAAUUUUUAUUUCUAUUUGAUUGAAGAAUUAAUUUGUUAUUUGAAUUAUGAAU